CACGAAUGCCACUGGGAUUUAGCAAUGUAUUUCAUGCAGAGAGCAGAAAAUUACACAAAAAUGGAAAAAGAUUUGAGAAAUGCUGCUGGACAACCCACCAGUAAAGAAGGUUGUGAAGAUUAUGCAAAACGAUUAGACAAGAAGAAUGCUCGAUGUGUUCUGAUAAAGAUAACGACGAUGAACUUUACGGUGUAAUAUGUGAUAUCGUUCGUAAAACAAAAAAAUGUAAAGUAUCAUCACCUCAUGGUGUAAGUAGGAAUCACUGCAUGAACAUUUUCAAUACUUGUUUUGUGAAGAAAAUUAAUGAAUCAAUGAUACGUGAAAGAGAUAUAAGUUGCUGUAAAUCUUCUCUAAAUAAACCAGGCGACUAUUUUGAGAAUAAAAAGAAUUGUGAAUCAGACUUAUAUAAGACGAUAAUAAUGGACUGCAUGUUUAAAGAUGAUUAUUGUAAAUCGCAAAUAAUUGAAUAUUUUAUGGAGAAUGGAGAAAUUUUGAAAGAAUUUUGUAGAAAAUUGAAUAAUGAAAUUGGUAUUCCUCCGGAAACAAGUCAAUGCGAUUAUUAUUAUGCAAAGUCAAAGGAAAUAUCUUUGAUGGAAUGCAACAAAAACACAAACAAAAAAUUGGUUCCGUUAUGCGAUUUGAUGGUAGAAAUUUUAAACAAAGAAUCUAUUAAUGACAUACAUGAUGAUUUAUAUAAUAAUGUAAAUGACAAUUUUGACAACAGACUGAAGAAAUGAACUCUCUAACAGGACAACAAUGAUUAUAUCGUUUAAUAAAGAGAAAUUUUAAAAAUUAAAUUUAAUUAUUGGAAGUUUUCUAAUUGAAAUAAAGAAUUUGUUUGCAGCAUA